AUGAUCGACAAAUUAAGAGAAGAGAAGUGUCCCAGUAAAAUAGUUAAUACCAUAAAUGAUUUAUUGUAUGAAAGAUAUGCUGAAUUCAUAACGGAUAAAGGAUCAAUGAUAAAAAGAAGAAUCAAUAUAGGACUUCCGCAAGGAGCGGUGCUAAGCCCAAUGCUUGCAGACGACAUAGCAAUAUACACUAGUGAAAAAUACAUUUCGACGAGAACUACCUUGAUUGAAAGUGCCUUAGAAGACAUCCAUGAAGAACUAGUCAAUAUUGGACUAAAGAUAAAUCCUCACAAGACCAAGAUAAUGGAAUUCAACAAGCAAAGAAUUGUAGACAGAGCUAUAAGAAUACGAUUCAUGAACGAACAAAUCAAAUUAGUAUCGGAGGCCAAAUUCUUAGGAAUAUGGAUGGACACAAAACUUAGCUUCAAAAAACAAUGUGAAACAGUCAGGGACAAAGCAAGAAAAGCAAAUAAUGUCCUCAAAUAUGCCAACAAGGUGUCAAGAGGCAUGGAAGUGAACACGGCCCUCCUGUUGUACAAAAGCUUGGUAAGAUCCGCAAUGGAAUAUGGAAUCUUUGUAUUCCUACCUACUAACAAAGAAGAUGUAACCAGUAUAGUAGAAAAGGCCCAAUACAUGGGCAUUAGAACAGCCAUGGGUUAUAGAAACAGUACACCUACAAAUGUGUUACUAGCCGAAUCUAAAAUAAUGUCUAUACAAAACAGAGCCAAAUUCCUGGCGAGAAACCAUAUUUCAAGAAUAAUAGAACAGAAUCGAAUCAACAAUAAUGAAGAGCUACAGGUGAUCAACGAAUUAUACAAGGAAGAAGUAAAUAUCAAUAACCAAACGCCAUGGCGUAAAAAAAGUAUUAUCGCAGAAACGUGGGAACACUCUCAGAAAGAUAGUGAAAGCAUGAACACAAACAUCAAGAGUAAGCUAUUUAAAGGAAACUACUGGGUGAUGACGAAGGAGUUACAAUUAGAAACGGAAAUCGGGAAGCAGUACAGUACCAAGAAUAAAAUUACAGGGAUGAAAAUCAUUCAAGAAAUUCAAGAUAAAUAUGAUCUUGGCCAAGACACAAUUAGAAUAUACACUGAUGGAUCUAAGGAGAAAGAUAAACCGUCAGUAGGAAGUGCAUUCAUAGUGGAAAAUAAAGAGACAGGAUACUAUAUGAGCCUCAACAAAGCCGCCACAGUAUUCACAGCGGAAGCAUGUGCAAUCGCAAAAGCUAUGGAAUGGGCGUUCCGCCAGAAAAUAAAUCAUAAUAUCUUAAUACUUACGGACAGCCUAAGCACAAUUAAAGCAUUAGAAAAUAAUACUGUUUCUACAAGCCACAAUGCAUACAUAAUUGAGAUAAGAGAAUGGUACUACAAAAUUGUAAAGAAACUAGAAGUUAAAAUGGUCAUCGCAUGGAUUCCCGCACACAAAGGAAUAUGGGGCAACGAAGAAGCCGACAAACUCGCAAAAGAAGCUAAUCAAGAAGCCCAUUCAAGUGAACUAAAGAUUACAAGCAGAGACCUAAGGAAUAAAUACAAAGAAGAAAUAAUACAAGAAAACAAUAAAGAAUUAGAGGAAAAAAAGGAAAGAAGUCCAUGGUUUGAGGGCACGAACUUACCAAGAAGGGCAAUGGUACUGUUCAAUAGAUUGAGAGCUAACCACUACAACCUAAAUUCAAGCUUGGCGCGCAAAGGGUAUAUAGAUUCCGAUAGAUGUCAGUGUGGAAGCGAAAAAGAAGACGUCGACCAUUUUAUAUUCCAUUGUAACUCCUAUGAUGAAGCAAGAAUGAACCUAAACCUAACGGAAGAACUCAAUAAAAUUGGUGCAAGUAAGCCGGAUAGUGUAUGGAACUGGCUAAGAAAAGAGGAAUUAAGCACACUCAAAGUAAUAUAUCAGUUUGUCCGCCUAACAGGAAGAAUAAUAUAA